AUGUAUUCUAUACACGAAAUCUUCACCCACUCGAAAGGCAUAAAGGUAAGUAGAAAUCAUGAACAACGGGAUAUUGCUCUCCCUGUCUUCCUACUUGAAGGUUCGAUAAAAAAAGAAAAGAUGAGCAAAAACUACGCACUAACGUUAAUCUGUGUGUUGAGCAUAGGGGUCGUGUGCGAUGGAACUGUUUCAACUCGAGUCGCCAGGACACUUCCGCUUGAUCCCUCGAGAUGGUCGGCGAUAUUUCGAUCGUUAUGGUCUGGUGGAAGAUUUUGGGAAUGGCCGAGGAAUAGCGUGGAUGCUUUUCUGAGACUGGUAGCUUCUCCGGAUACUAGGAAGAAAAUGGUAUUCGAAUUCAGGCCGGAAGAUGGACCUCGUGCUUCAUUUGAUUAUCAGAGACGUUACGGUUACCGGGGAGAGCGGUUGAUUGAAUUGCUUGGUUCUGGUUUUCAUCUGGAUAACGUGCCUUAUCAACAACCUGUGCCUGCUUCCAUAUUGGUACCACCACCUCUUCUUUGAUUAUCGUGUAUUAUAUCAACUCAUACGAACUUGUGUGAUCGAAGAGUAUGGAAGUGGUAGAGAACAGAAAAAGAACAGAAAAGGAUUUUAAAAUAUGAUGGAAUGUGUUUUCGAGUUGAAGUGAAAAAUAAAAAUUAAGUAGCUCAGUUUCUAAUGUCUAAGUCUAUGUGAAACUUGGUAUCACUGUGUUUAUACGACUUUUGCUAGUAGAGAGUUGCGGAAUAGAAGUUGGUAGAGUGCUUGCAAUGACAUUGUAUUUCGAAUAUACUGACUUUCGUUUAUACGAAUAUACUUGGUUUCGUUUUGAAACUUUAAUUAUUUAAAUAGUUUCGACGUUCGAGGGUUCUUUACAUGUGUAAAUAUAACUGUAGUCUAAAAAGGGAUCUCCUACAAUUAAAUUGAUGUUUAUAUAAAUCUGGAAAAUGUUAAGUAAACUAUUUAGAAUUGAAGAUCAGAGAGAAAAAAUGUGAUACUUUUAUUUCUUAAGAAAACAAUUUUAAAAUUCAAUAUUCUUUAAUUAUUUAAUACGCAUGAUUGUGACAUAUGAGACUAUCACUUUAUACAAGUCUCUCUAUAAUAAAGAGACAUCCAAAAUUUAGUUGAGUGCCAAUAUUUGCGGAUAAAUGAUCGCAUAGAUCUCAUUUCUUAAUCCAUUUUUUUUUUGUGCGAUAGUUCCGAUCUUCAAUCGCUAUUUGAAGUAUAUGUUUGUAAAAGAUUUCAAAACAAUUAUGUAAUAAUUGUUAUCUGUUGUUAUUUGGAAUGUUGUCGUGAAUAAGCAAUCCUAAGUGAGUAUAAAGUAAGUUUCAAUGUCUUAUGAGACAAAUGAGUAUAAAGUGCGAUACU